AUGUCGUCCCCGAGUGACCGCACUUCACGCGGUCCGACCUCAACAAAAAAGAAGGUCAAGACUGACUCUCCCGCUGGAUGUCCCAGCAACCGAUCCGGUCUCGCGCAGGGUGGCUCCAUGUCCACAGAGGCCAGGACCAUUGGACGGUCCAACAUCUCUCAAUCAGGGUCUGUUGUAUCGGGUGCUCAUAACACCGACAUUCUCUUUGACGAUGGCUCUCUCCAGCACUAUAGACUCGCUAUGUUUGAAGGCCAGCACCGCUUGGAUGAGGGCACCAUCUACGCUCGUCUUCAACAUGACGAUGUCACAACUACCAGCACCAUUGUCAACGACGAGGAAUUUCGGACUACAUUCUACGAGACCCGCGCUAGUGACGAGAUCCGCCAUUUCGAUAAUACUUUCAAUGCCAAUAAGUAG